GUAAUAUCUUUCGGAAAUACACGUUCAACGCUCCUUCCUUGCUUCUUGUUCGUGUUGCAUGUACUUGCAAUUUGCGUUGCCACCCAGUAUGUAGGUGUUGUAACGUCAACUAUGGGUCAUUCAAGAAAAGAGCUGUGGCUGAUGGAUUGUGAAAUAACACCCCUAGCCAGAUAUUAUUUCCUAUUCUGUACAACUUGGGGGGGGGGCUGCGUCACGUGUGGCAGCCAGACCAGUUUUUCUAUGGGUCGACGACAACAACUUGAUGUAUCAUGGAUGAACGCUUCAACUGAUCCUUUUUGCCCCAUAAUCAUCCUGCUUCUACCAAGAAAGCUACAGUGACACCUCAUCUGUCUCCAUAAUCCAGCUUUCGGAUUCCCCAUCGGGCUCGGCCUUGAAAUUUGCACCCCUCGAGCACCCCCCAUCAAAUCGUCGCUCAUCGGACAAUUUAUCAUUCAUUGCACUCUAGCAUACGAAAAGAGAACGGCAGUUGCUCCUCCCGCCUUCAAAGGUUCAAACAGAACCUGGUAGCAACAACCUGGACAUCUCACGCCUGGCAAACUGCAGAGACCCGUCAACUGGGAUAGGUUAGAUUUCUAUUUCAAGAAUCGUAAGGCUAAGAAAAGGCAAAGAAAAAGCCGAAACGUCCGUACCAUCUGGCUGGUGGCACAUUUCAAGUACAUACACAUACACACAUAAUACAUACCUUCUAAUCCUUUAUCGAUACGCAAACCAACCCUAUUGGAGCAUCAUCCCAUUCGCACUUCACAUCAACCUUGAGGUUUCUCGCAGAUUGAUUAAUUGUGUAACCGGAACUUCCUACCUGGUCGCCCUAUAUCGGAAAAUUUCAACCAUCACAGCCUCAUCCGUUACGCCUUACAUUCCCUCCAACUUCAACAACCAUGAGUGGUAUGCAGACAGCAGGGGAUAUCCCCAUGAUUGUUAAAUCAGAGAACUCUGGAUCAGAGCGUCGUAUUACUCCGUCUUGGUCUAUUGGUCAACUAAAAUCAAAACUUGUACCCGUGACCGGUAUCCCUUCCUCAGAUCAAAAACUCACUUUGUGGAUCAACAAUCAGCAAUCCGUCGAGAUCCAAGCUCUGGAUGAAGAGACUACACAACUGACAAGCUUUCCUCUGGCACCACACGCCGUUAUUCACGUGACUGAUACUCGCGCCCCUGGUCUCCGUGAGAAUUAUACCGAUGUCUCUGCAGUGGAAAAAUACACCCUUCCCGUAGAAUCCUAUGAGAAACGCACCGACAGUGUUCUUGCGUGGAAAAAGAAUGAAAAGCUCGGACGAUUCAAUCCUGAUGCUCCAACGCUCCUUGAUGCCAAGCUCGCUGUCUACGAUAAUGAGAUCAAGGCAAAAGGUAUCUCUGUAGGAAAGAGAUGUAGAGUCGGAGAAGAUGAUUCCAGAAGAGGUGAAGUGAUGUAUGUAGGUGACGUUGCGGAAAUCCCUGGUGGGGCAGGAAAAUGGAUCGGAGUUAAACUAGAUGAACCUGUCGGAAAGAAUGAUGGCAGUAUAGCUGGAAAGAGAUAUUGGGGUAAAGAAGGUGACGGAAAAUUUGGUGUCUUUGUCAGACCUGAGAGAGUUACGGUGGGAGAUUUUCCAGUAAUGGAUGAUUUUGAGGACAUGGAGGAAAUGUGAGAAAGUGUGUUACUCAUCUGUAUUGGGAUUGUGUUUUUCACGAUAUCACCUCUUUAGAUACCUUUGAAUGCGAGCUGACGUAUUUUCGCAUUGAAAUUGGAGCUUACAUCCUCUCAUUUGGGAAUAACAUAUAUCUUCGUA